AUGUCGUCUUCUCCGCCUGCAGGCUCGAGCCCACCUCCAUCACCCCCGCAGAUCCUCUUCGACGAGGGAGACGUCGAGCGACAACUAGCCUGGCACCAGAACCGACUCCAAUCGCGCCUCGACGCACACCAGAGACGGAUCGUCGCGGACCUUGCCCGAUUCCACCGCUCCGAUCUCUACCAGCUCAGCGCCGUCCGAGUCGUCGGAGGCCACCACACCCGCCCCGAGUUCUUGUCCGAGCUGUUCGGGCCGCUCCUCGGCGAUGGACAGGAACGGACGCUGCCAGAGAUCUUCCGACGUUCGGACGAGCUGCAUGACAAACUAGCCAAGCUCGGCAUCUUCUCCCACCUCCAAGUAUCUCUAGCGGCCUCCAAGGACGACCCACGCGGGAUCGAGGCCCUCGUCAAUGUCGUCGAGCGUGGCCGGUUCUUUCUCAAGACCUCAACCGAUGUCGGCAAUGGCGAGGGCGCCCUGACCGGCCUCGCCCGCGCCAGGAACGUCUUCGGCCGCGCCGAAGUCUUCGAGGCUACCGUCGGCCUGGGAAACAAAACUCGGGCUAGCGGCCAGGUCCGGGCCGAGGCUCCGCUUCUGGCCGCCAGGGCACGUGCCGAACUGGCCGUCAACGCUUGCGAACGUGACCACAGUGGAUUCGCGAGCUGCAACGAAACAAUCAAGGGAGUAGCUGCCAAACUGAAGACUGAGACCGGCUAUGGGGCUCAUGAACUGAGCUAUGAGUUGACCACACGCGCAAUCGGCAGUCUACUCCCGGGUGCAUCUGAUAGCAUUCGACAGGCAGCGGCUGCUGGCCCUAAUCUGAAGUCAGCCGUCUCGUUAUCUUGGUUCCGAGAUACACGAGACCGGUCGGUGUUUCCUACACAAGGGUCUCUGCUCAAAGUAGUACAGGAGUACGCCGGUCUCUUUGGGCAGGCCAACUACAUGAAAUCGACAGUCGAAUCCGCAAUUUCUCGUCCUCUUUUUAAUACCCCCACUAUUGUUUCUCUGGGCUUCCAAUGUGGUUUGAUGCACCCGCUCGGAGGAAGAGCGAUUCCGUUUAACGACCGAUUCCAGUUAGGAGGCCCAACAAAUGUGCGGAUGUUUCAGAUGAAUAGCCUAGGACCCAAAGAUCAUGACUAUUUGGGAGGUGAGAAGUAUUGGGCCGCUGGGCUGAGUGUGUUGGCCCCUGUACCAGGCAAGGCGCAGUGGCCUCUCAAACUACACGGCUUUAUCAACGCCGGCAGCCUGUUCAACGACUGGCAAACAAUCAAGUCCCAGAAACCCUCGAUAGGCAUCGGCCUCGGCCUGGUCGGUAGCAUCCAAGACGUGCGUGCGGAAGCUAACGUUGGGAUGCCGUUGGUUGCACAGAAAGGCGAUGGUGCUCGCCGAGGCCUCCAAGUUGGCCUCGGCAUCGGCUUCCUCUCUUGA